AUGGCUUCUUUGCUAGCUGAAAACUGGUCAUGCAUGAACAACAACAUGGACAUGAAUGAUCACUUUCCCGGAGCAGCUGGAGCUGGAACCUCAUCAAACAUGAGCAAUGCCCUGCUCAUGUCCUUGUUGGAAGAAACACAAGGCGAUCAGGAUCACGACGAAGAGCGAUUGCGCAGCCUAAUCCGUGCUCUAGAAGUAGAACUGGACCCUACUACUAGUGAAGAUCAUGAAAUUUUCAUGGAAAAUCCUCAUCAAUUUGGUGGCAUUAGUCAAGAGGAUUUUCGGCCAUUGGAUGUGGGAUAUGUGAGCGGUGGUGAUUUCCCUGGAACAGAUGCAGCUGGGUUCGGUUGGAUUGAUAUGGAAAUAGGGUCUUCUUCUCAGGAGGGUACUGGUGAAUCAGUUGACUGGUUCAUGGAUUCUUGUCUUGAUGAUGAGAUCGAUUGCUCGUCUAGUAAUUUUGGAGGGUCUACGACCACUCCCUUUGAGGAAAAUGGGUUUCAGAAUUUGUGGCAGGAAACAUAUAUUAAUACAAGGAUGAAUGUAUAG